AAUCCUCCUCCCUCAAAACCUACAACACACUCCAGCGCCGCCGACCCUCCCCCCUCCUGGUCUCUCUCACUGAACUCCCGCUUCCCGUCGCCGGCGCCGCCGCACUCGCUCCGUGAAGAUGAACAAGGAGAGGCUCAUGAAGAUGGCCGGCGCCGUCCGCACCGGCGGGAAAGGCACCGUGCGCCGGAAGAAGAAGGCGGUGCACAAGACGGCGACCACGGACGACAAGCGGCUGCAGAGCACGCUCAAGAGGGUGGGCGUCAACACCAUCCCGGCCAUCGAGGAGGUCAACAUCUUCAAGGACGACCUCGUCAUCCAGUUCGCCAACCCCAAAGUGCAAGCCUCCAUCGCCGCAAACACAUGGGUGGUCAGUGGAACCCCCCAGACCAAGAAGCUACAAGAUGUUCUUCCUGGGAUCAUCAACCAAUUGGGUCCUGACAACAUGGAGCACCUGAAGAGGAUUGCUGAGGAGAUGCAGAAGCAGGUGGCUGCUCAAGGCGCCGUCCAGGCCAAGGAGGAGAACGACGACGACGUACCACAGCUUGUUCCCGGAGAGACUUUUGAAGAAGUAGCAGCCUGAUCGUAGACUCUUCCAGUAGUAGUGAACUCUGCUUGACCCGACUGUUACGAGGUCAUGGUUUUCUAUGACGGCCCUGUUUUGAUACCUCUCCUAGGCCUUCUGUAUUUGCAGUUGGAAACUUUUAGUUUCUCCAAGUUCUUAUCUCCAAGUUUAUGAAUGCUGAGAUGCCUGUGGAAUCCGUUUAGCUUCUUUUGAUGAUUACAUA